UGUGUUGCUAGCCGCUGUUGCACCAAAGGAGCUCUACUACUUCACAAACGACGAGAAAGGAGAGAAAAAAAAAAAUGGGGAGUCAUUCCAACGACGGCUUGGAGUCUUUUGUCAAGAUCCCGACCAUUAAGUUCACCAAGCUUUUCAUCAAUGGAGAAUUUGUUGAUUCCAUCUCAGGUAAAACGUUCGAGACAAUAGAUCCAAGAACAGGAGAGGUGAUAGCAAGAAUUGCAGAAGGAGAUAAAGAAGAUGUUGAUUUGGCCGUGAAGGCUGCACGUCAUGCUUUCGAUGAUGGUCUAUGGCCUCGCUUGUCCGGUGCCGAGAGAGCAAAGAGAAUGAUGAAAUUUGCGGACUUGAUUGACCAAAAUGUAGAAGAAUUAGCUGCCUUGGAUACCAUUGAUGCCGGCAAAUUGUUCAGUAAGGGCAAGACCGUGGACAUUCCUCAUGCAGCAAGUGUUAUCCGCUACUAUGCAGGUGCAGCAGAUAAAAUUCAUGGAGAGGUACUGAAAAUGUCAAAUGCAUUUCAUGCCUACACUUUGCGCGAGCCAAUUGGUGUGGUAGGACUCAUUAUUCCCUGGAACUAUCCCACCACCUUGUUCUUCUUGAAGGUUGGUCCGGCUUUAGCUGCUGGGUGCACUAUGAUCGUUAAGCCCGCUGAGCAAACUCCUCUCUCGGCACUCUAUUAUGCUCAUCUUGCUAAGCUGGCUGGUAUCCCUGAUGGGGUGCUCAAUAUUAUAACUGGAUUUGGGGCAACGGCUGGUGCUGCCAUUAGCUCUCAUAUGGACAUUGAUGCGGUGAAUUUCACUGGCUCCACAGAAGUAGGCCGCAUAGUUAUGAAGGCCGCAGCAGAAAGCAAUUUGAAAGUGGUUUCACUUGAAUUAGAAGGCAAGUCACCCCUCAUAAUUUUUGAUGAUGCUGAUGUAGAUAUGGCUGCUCAGCUUGCUCUCAUUGGGAUCUUACAUAAUAAGGGAGAAAUAUGUGUGGCAAGUUCUCGUCUUUAUGUUCAAGAAGGAAUAUAUGAGAAACUUGUGGAGAAAUUAGUAGAAAAGGCGAAAGCUUGGGUAGUUGGGGAUCCUUUUGAUCCCAAAGUUCAACACGGACCCCAGGUCGAUAAGCAGCAGUUUGAAAAAAUUCUUACUUACAUUGAGCAUGGCAAGAAAGAAGGAGCCACCCUAUUAACUGGGGGCAAGCCCUUGGGUGAGAAGGGAUACUAUAUUGAACCUACAAUUUUUGCUGAAGUCAAGGAGGAUAUGCUUAUAGCAAAGGAUGAAAUAUUUGGACCGGUUCUGGCACUUGCGAAGUUUAAAACAAUUGAUGAGGCAAUUAAGAGGGCCAACAGUACUAGAUAUGGUCUAGCAGCAGGUAUCGUGACCAAGGACUUAAAUGUGGCUAACACAGUCUCAAGAUCAAUACGUGCUGGCACCAUUUGGAUCAAUUGCUAUUUUGCUUUCGAUAAUGACUGCCCAAUUGGUGGCUAUAAAAUGAGUGGUUUUGGAAGAGAUUUUGGACUUGAAGCACUUCACAAGUAUCUUCAAGUUAAGUCGGUUGUUACUCCCCUGUAUAAUUCUCCUUGGCUUUGAAUAUGAUAUCCUUUCUUUGGAGUGGCAAAUGCGUGUAACGAUGUUUGCAAUAAAUUUCGAAGUCGCUGUGCAGUGCUGUACCAUGUGUGGCAUCAUGGACUGCAAGUUUAUGUUCCAUAAGAUUAUUGACGAUAUUAAUACAUUUGAGGAAAAAAAAAAAAAAAGGAAAGAAAGAUGAUAUUAAUAAAGUAAUAUCUUUUGUGUGAUA